UUUUUUUUUUAAUCCUUGUAUCUUUUCCUCUCGGUUGAAAUGCGGUGAAGUUGUCUGUUGAUUUGAGGAUCCGAUGAGGAUUUAAAACCGACAGGAAACUGAUCAAACUGCGCCGAUCGAUUAAAAAAGAUGAUUGUCGGUGUUUGGAGCUGAGAGGGGAAACGCAGCGGAGAUGUACGAGGAGAGGCACAAAAGUGCUGGUCGCAAUGGCUACACCAACGCAAUGGAUGGGGAGGAGGGAGGAGGUGAGGGUGAGGAAGAGGAAGAGGGAGGAGAGGGGGAUGGAGGAGGAGAAGGAGGAGAAGGAGGAGGAGAGGAGAGGGACCCCGAGUGGGAUGAAGAGCUGGACGGAGAGGAAGGGGAAGUGAGGAUGACGAGAACCGACACGCUUUACUCUACAACGAGUUCGACCGGGACACAGAGGAGGAGAGGACAACACGCUAAGAAACAGGUCCAGGGCAGUAAUCAGGUCCAGCGAGCUCCCAGAGCGUUAUUCUGUUUAAAACUCAACAAUCCAAUCAGACGAGCCGCUCUGUCUAUCGUCGAGUGGAAACCGUUUGACAUCUUCAUCCUGUUAGCCAUCUUUGCUAACUGUGUGGCUCUGGGAGUUUCUAAACCGUUUCCUGAGGACGACUCCAACUCCACCAACCACGACCUGGAACAAGUGGAGUACGUCUUCCUCAUCAUCUUCACCAUAGAAACCUUCCUGAAGAUCUUGGCCUACGGUCUGGUGAUGCACCCCAGCUCCUACAUCCGCAACGGCUGGAACCUGCUCGACUUCGUCAUCGUCAUCGUCGGCUUGUUCAGCGUCGUCUUGGAGACGAUGACUCAUAAAUCGGACGUGGUCGCGACCACUCAUCACGUGCCGGGGAAACCCGGCGGUCUGGACGUCAAAGCUCUGAGAGCCUUCAGAGUCCUCAGGCCCCUCAGACUGGUCUCUGGAGUCCCCAGUCUGCAGAUUGUGUUGAACUCCAUCAUGAAGGCGAUGGUUCCUCUGCUCCACAUCGCUCUGCUGGUUCUCUUCGUCAUCAUCAUCUACGCCAUCAUCGGCCUGGAGCUCUUCAUAGGACGCAUGCACAGGACCUGCUACUACAAGGGGGCCGAUAAUUAUGCGGAGGACGACCCGGUGCCGUGUGCGUUCGCCGGUCACGGUCGCCAGUGCAACAUUAACGGCACGGAGUGCCGCGGGAGGUGGGACGGUCCCAACGGAGGAAUCACCAACUUUGACAACUUCUUCUUCGCCAUGUUGACCGUGUUCCAGUGCAUCACGAUGGAGGGAUGGACCGACGUUCUCUACUGGAUGAACGACGCCAUCGGCUUUGAGCUGCCGUGGGUUUAUUUCGUCAGUCUGGUGAUCUUCGGCUCGUUCUUCGUUCUCAACCUGGUUCUGGGAGUCCUCAGCGGAGAGUUCAGUAAGGAGAGGGAGAAGGCGAAGGCUCGCGGAGACUUCCAGAAGCUGAGGGAGAAGCAGCAGAUGGAGGAGGAUCUGUGCGGCUACAUGGACUGGAUCACUCAGGCCGAGGACAUGGACGAACUGGACGAGGACGGAAACCCACGUCCGUCUCUGGGAGAUCUGUCGGAUAAGAAGAGAGGGAAGUUCGGAUGGUUCAGUCACUCCAAUGACACACACGCAAGUCUUCCUGCCAGUGAAACAGCAUCUGAAAACACUGAAAACAUCGAAGAGGAACACACCAACUGCUGCCAGGCCUGCUGCUCUCAGAUGAUGAAGCUCAGAUGCUGUCGGACGCUGCGUCGGUGGAAUCGAGUCUGUCGCAGAAACUGUCGGACUGCCGUCAAAUCGGUGACGUUCUAUUGGCUCGUUCUGCUGCUCGUCUUCCUCAACACCUCCCUCAGCGCCUCCGAGCACUACAACCAACCUGAUUGGCUAACAGAAGUCCAAGACAUCGCCAACAAGGUUCUGCUGUCUCUGUUCACGGUGGAGAUGCUGCUGAAGAUGUACAGUUUGGGUCUGGCUCAUUACUUCGUGGCGUUCUUUAACCGCUUCGACUGCUUCGUGGUGUGCGGAGGCAUCAUGGAGACCAUCCUGGUGGAGCUGGGCAUCAUGCCUCCGCUGGGCAUCUCCGUGCUGCGCUGCGUCCGCCUGCUGAGGAUCUUCAAGGUGACACGCCAUUGGACGGCUCUGUCCAAUCUGGUGGCAUCGCUGCUGAACUCCAUGAAGUCCAUCGCCUCACUGCUGCUGCUGCUCUUCCUCUUCCUCAUCAUCUUCGCUCUGCUCGGCAUGCAGCUGUUCGGAGGGAAGUUCAACUUCGACGAGACGCAGACAAAACGCAGCACCUUCGACGCCUUCCCGCAGGCGCUGCUCACCUGCUUUCAGAUCCUGACCGGUGAGGACUGGAACAUGGUGAUGUACGACGGCAUCAUGGCGUACGGCGGCCCCGUGUUCCCGGGGAUGAUCGUCUGCGUUUACUUCGUCAUCCUCUUCAUCUGUGGUAACUACAUCCUGCUGAACGUCUUCUUGGCCAUCGCUGUGGACAACCUGGCAGGGGGAGACGGAGACGACAAGAACAAAGAGAAGAAGACAGAGGAAGUGGCGGUGGAGGAAGCAGUCGGAGCACAAGAAGAAGACGAAGAAGAGAAACAAAAAGAAGUGAAGGUGGACAUGGAUGAAGACACCGAGUACGAGGAGGAAGAGGAGCCUCCUGAAGGAGAAGAAAAUGAAAUCCCGUUAAAGAUGACGGACCUGGUUCCUCCUAAAGAGAAGGUUCUUCCAAUCCCAGAAGGCAGUGCGUUCUUCUGCCUCAGCAACACAAACCCUAUCCGUGUGGCCUGUCACACUCUGAUCCACCACCACAUCUUCUGCAACCUCAUCCUAGUCUUCAUCAUCCUCAGCAGCUGCUCAUUGGCUGCCGAAGAUCCAAUCAGAGCCCACUCCUUCAGGAACAACAUUCUGGGUUAUGCGGACUACGCCUUCACCUCCAUCUUCACUGUUGAGAUUCUGUUUAAGAUGACAGUCCACGGAGCGUUCCUCCAUCAGGGCUCGUUCUGCAGAAACUGGUUCAACUUGUUGGAUCUGCUGGUCGUCAGCGUCUCACUGGUCUCCUUCUUCCUUCACUCCAGUGCGAUCUCCGUGGUGAAGAUCCUCCGAGUCCUGCGGGUGCUGCGACCUCUGAGAGCCAUCAACAGAGCCAAAGGACUGAAGCACGUGGUCCAGUGCGUGUUUGUGGCCAUCAGGACGAUCGGAAACAUCAUGAUCGUCACGACGCUGCUGCAGUUCAUGUUCGCGUGUAUCGGAGUCCAACUCUUCAAGGGUAAAUUCUAUCGCUGCACAGACGAAGCCAAACACACUCCUGAACAGUGCAAAGGGACCUUCGUGGUGUAUAAAGAUGGAGAUGUGAGCCACCCGAUGGUCAGAGAGCGGAUCUGGCAGAACAGCGACUUUAACUUUGAUAACGUGUUGAGCGGGAUGAUGGCGCUCUUCACCGUCUCCACCUUCGAGGGCUGGCCCGCGCUGCUGUACAAAGCCAUCGACGCUAACGGGGAGAACUCCGGUCCCAUCUACAACUACCGGGUUGAGAUCUCCAUCUUCUUCAUCGUCUACAUCAUCAUCAUCGCCUUCUUCAUGAUGAACAUCUUCGUGGGAUUCGUCAUCAUCACCUUCAGAGAGCAGGGAGAGCAGGAGUACAAGAACUGUGAGCUGGACAAGAACCAGCGUCAGUGUGUGGAGUACGCUCUGAAGGCUCAGCCGCUGAAGCUCUACAUCCCAAAGAACCCGGUUCAGUUCAAGUUCUGGUCCAUCAUCAACUCCACGGGGUUCGAGUACGUCAUGUUCGUCCUCAUCCUGCUCAACACCGUCACUCUGGCUAUCCAGCACUAUGAACAGUCUAAAACCUUCAGCUACAUCAUGGACAUCCUCAACAUGGUGUUCACUGGACUCUUCACCGUGGAGAUGCUGCUGAAGCUGCUCGCGCUCAGACUCAGGCAUUACUUUGUGGACGCCUGGAACUCGUUCGACGCUCUGAUCGUGGUCGGCAGCGUCGUGGACAUCGUGGUCACAGAGUUCAGCAGUGGGGAGGACAGCUCUCGGGUGUCGAUCACCUUCUUCCGUCUGUUUCGAGUGAUGCGAUUGGUCAAGCUGCUGAGUAAAGGGGAGGGGAUCCGUACGCUGCUGUGGACUUUCAUCAAAUCACUGCAGGCUCUGCCGUACGUCGCUCUGCUCAUCGCCAUGAUCUUCUUUAUCUACGCCGUCAUCGGGAUGCAGACCUUUGGGAAGAUAGCGAUGCAGGAUUACACUCAGAUCAACAGGAACAACAACUUCCAGACGUUUCCUCAGGCUGUUCUCCUCCUCUUCAGGUGUGCCACAGGUGAGGCAUGGCAGGAGAUCAUGUUGGCCAGUCUUCCUGGUAAACGCUGUGACCCCGAGUCGGACUACGAACCAGGAGAAGAGUUCAGCUGCGGCAGCAACUUUGCCAUCGUUUAUUUCAUCAGCUUCUUCAUGCUGUGUGCUUUCCUGAUCAUUAAUCUGUUCGUCGCCGUCAUCAUGGACAACUUUGACUAUCUGACACGUGAUUGGUCGAUUCUGGGACCGCAUCAUCUGGACGAGUUUAAGAGGAUCUGGUCUGAAUACGAUCCAGAGGCCAAGUACGUUUGUUCUGCUGUGAUUACAUUUACUCACGUACUGUACACAAGUACAAUGUUGAGUUUUAACAUCUUUAAUUUGCUUGUAACCCUGACCCACUGUGUGCUGUUGCUAGGUAACCCUGACCAGGAGAACGAGGAGCUGAGGGUGAUCAUCAAGAAGAUCUGGAAGAGAAUGAAACCAAAACUGCUGGAUGAAGUAAUACCGCCACACGAAGAGGAGGAAGUCACCGUCGGGAAGUUUUAUGCGACCUUCCUGAUUCAGGAUUACUUCAGGAAGUUCAGGAAGAGGAAAGAGAAAGGAGACCUGCCCGUAGAGGCCGACGCCAGCAACCCGUCUGCUAUCCAGCUGUGUAAAGCCGGUCUGAAGACUCUGCAGGAUCUGGGUCCAGAGAUGCGUCUGGCUCUGAACGAGGAUCUGGAGGAAGACGUCAUGAUGGAGGACGAGGAGCUGGAGGAGGACGCUGCAUAUCAGGGGGAGAACGGAUUCGGACCAGAGAAAGACCGACGAGGCUCCAUACUGACCACGCCCACUGGUCCCGGCGGUGUGGUGGGGGACGGCGGUGUGUCUAACGGAGGUCUGGUCCACCGGGUCGGCUCUCUCACCAAGAUGCCCAACGGCAACGAACACGAGGAACAUCUUCGGCGCGGAGACAACACAAGGUCAUCGGUCACUCGCCACAACCACCGCCGGCCGUCGGUGAAGAACGGCGUGCUGGACCACGGACACAAAAGACCCUCAUACAACAAACAUACACGGAGGGACUCGAGGGACCGGUACUGGAGGAAUGGAGACCUGGAGGCCUACGGAGAGCAGGGUUACUACAGCAGAGAGGAGGACAACGACAGCAUCAGCUCCAGAGACAGACAUCGCCCUGACGAGCUUCCUCUGUACAGAGACCACUACGAUGGCCACGCCCCCUACACCAACAGUAGCUAUGGUAACGGAUACAGCGAGGCCAGGAGGACGACACGGAGACGCCUACUUCCUGCCACGCCCACAGGUCGGAAGCCGUCGUUUAACAUCCAGUGUCUGAGGAGGCAGGGCAGCAGUGACGACCUGCCCAUCCCCGGCACGUACCACCCCACCUCACCACCACGCCGCACACGAGCACAGCAGCCGUUCAGCAGCUAUGAGUCUCGCCACUCCUCGGGCCGCUCCUCGGCAGCCUCCUCGGCGUCCUGGGCCAACCCGUGUCCUCGCCGCGGCCGCCUCCUCUACGCUCCUCUGAUCUUGGUGGAGGAGGAGGGCAGCCCGCCCUGGGGGGGAGGAGGGGGAGGCGGAGGAGGAGAGGGGAAGAAGGGAGGAGUAGGAAGAGGUGUCAAUGUGACGGGUGCAGCCCCCAGAGCGGCGUGGUAUGGUGGCCCUGCAGGGACAUCAGCUCCUCCUCCGUACCGAGCGUACACCACCCUCAGAGUUCCCUCACAGCUCGGCGCUGAGCUGACCGACAAACGAGGAUCAGCCGACAGUCUGGUGGAGGCGGUUCUGAUCUCCGAGGGUCUCGGCCUUUACGCUCGGGAUCCGAAGUUUGUGGCGUUUGCGAAGCGGGAGAUCGCCGACGCGUGUCACAUGACGGUGGAUGAGAUGGAGUCGGCCGCCAGCGACCUGCUCGGCACGGGUAGCCACGCUUUCCUCGGCAACGCAGCCGCCGACCCGGGCGCGCUCUACAGCGACGAGGAGCCAAUCAGAACUGGCCGCGACGAGGACGAGCUGGCAGACGAGAUGACCUGUGUGACGUCAUUCUGAUGGGCUGAUGCUCUGGACCAAUCAGAGAUGAGACUGAGAUAGAUAGACAUCAGUGAUUGACAGGACAUUGGACCAAUCGGGUGACAGGACAGAGAGGAUUGCGGGGUUUAAUCAAAGUGAUAUUGACUGACGAGAUUUGUGAAAAACCGAUGGAAAUGGCCGCCAGCAGAGUGUGACUCAGCGCUGUCAUGUCGCCAGGUGGUUAGGUCGUUAACGUGGUGAACGCUGCUAAGCUGCACAGAAUCACACUUUACCCACAAUGCAUUGAUGGCAGUUUUACACGUUGUGUUGUCAUUUUAUUAUUUAUAAUUCUCUGACAGGAAACAUGAACAGAUUUAGGCCCAACAGUUACCGUCAACAAGCUAAACAGAGAUUAGCAUUGUGCCGUAACUGAUUAGCUUGAAACGCAAAUUGCAUCCUCUACCUCAAAAUAUAACGCUCUGCAACAAGCUAGCUCAAAACUAGCCGCUCACACAGCCGUGUUAGCUUGUUUUGUGGUAUUUAACAUGAUUUGUUUAUGUUAGCAUUACGUUAGCAUGACUAUGAAGCUGUCAGACACUAAUGAAGCAACCUAGCUAACAGAUAAUAGCCAGCUACAUUGCUAUGGAAGCUACUGUUACAUUUUUUCUGUAGUUGGCAGCCUCCCAGUGUUUAAUGUUACUUCAGAACAGAAAUCAUUGGCGAUGUUUACAUGCACACUAAUACUGAUAUUCCACUAUUAUUCAGAAUAUUCCAAAUUAAUUUCAUUAGCCACAUAAAACACUUAGUAGGAAUGUUGUCUCUUUCGGAGUAUGGCGCAAAAAUCUGAAUAUUUUGUGCAUGUAAACGUCUAUAAACAAGUUUUGUUACAGUGACCAACAAGUUUACAUGUCAAAGUUGAACUCCACACACAAAAUACAAACAAGAACAAACCUCUUUCUAACGUUAAAAUUAGAUGAAAGUCAACGGUAAAUUAUUUCCGAACUGAAGGUCCUAUCCUGCACCCGGUGCAGCGCAAAGCCCAACGCAAGUGUCUUUGCUAGUUUAAGACCGACGCAGUUGUCAGUUUCCCGU